CAAAUGUUGAUCAUCCCUCACAUAGAGUGAAGAAUGUCCUUUAGAUGUGAAACUUGGGUUAAUUGGUUUUCCGAAUCAGGAUUGACCUUCUCUUGGUUCAGCAAGUGUGGCAGCUUCGAGCAAAGCUGUCGGAAGUGCCAAUGCACCACCGCCGUGGAGCGAAGAGAGCUGGAACUCUUGCUGUCAUUGAAAGCCGUGUUUCACAUGUCCAGCCACCUGGUGCUGAAUCUCUUCUUGCUGGCUCCGCUGCUGGCUGUGGCCAACCUCAUAGGCACUUGCAUUUGGAUUUGCCGCGGCUACAGCAUACACAGUCAGGAGGGCCGACAACGGUUUUUCCAACAGAUGGUGGACCUUUGGGUACGCCUCAAGAGCAUUUGCUGUCGGGGCAGCAGGUCGUUGGGUGGAUUUGUUGUGGCCUUCAUCUUGAUCUAUUUCAUCUUUCUUGAGAUUAAAUGGUGGCAGGCCGGGACGUCUAAUAGCCUCAUGCUGGGCCCGGUGGCCAUACUGGUCGGCUUUUCGAUUACCAGCAGCUUGAUUUUGUACUGGCACCAUGCAGCGAAGCUCCGGAGCGCUCUACAAGGCCAUGGCGCUGGUCACAUGGAUAUCGAGACAGAGCAUGAGCUUAGCUGUUGUGGGUGCCGCUGCUUUCUUUGCUGCCUGUGCUGUUGCAAUCCUCUCGGCUGCUGCUUUCCCAUGGAAGUGCUCAAGUCCAACGACCAUCCCCCAGCAGAAAACACGACUGCACAGAGCUCCACUCUGUUGGGAAUGCCGUCGCUGUUCUUCAAAGAGGAUUCCGAGUCCAAACAAGAAAGAGCGACAGCCAUGAGCCGGUAUGAUGAGCUCUCACUUGACUCGAGUAACUCCAUGGAGACUCAGAGCAUGCUUUGGCUUUCCAAGCUCUUUGUGGCAGCAGGCUCCAACCGAAGGUCACACAUCAUCAAUCUUUCAGUGAUGAUCUAUUUGACGUUUUGGUCCUUCAUGUUGGCUGGCACCAGCUGGGCAUAUCAGAAUAUGAGUUACGGCCACCUCAGUUGGUGGCCGAAUUUCCUCCAACUGAACCGUUUGGAGCAAAACCCCUUCAAGAACUACAGUGCAGAGUAUUUCCUCGUGAGUGAAGAUAUGAAGACAGUGCUUGUGCCCGAGUAUGUCCUCCCUCCAACCUACGAGGUCACGGUUGAUGGCAUCACUUGGAGAUUAAAAAUUAUUCACGAUCACUUGACACAAAUCAUGCCCGUGCUCGACAAUUUGGGAGACUUCAGCUCAAGGAUCGCAAUCUUCCCAUCUUGCCUGGCGCUUCAUAUCUUCUCGCUGGUUUUCGGCAUAUGGUUCCACUUUCAGUGCAGCAAGCAGCGACUCAAGGAUUGGUUGAGAUCCUUUGGAUCCAGAAAGCAGUGGCAGAGCUUGUACGAUCCCAUGCCAGAUCACGAAUCCUCCUCAGAGCAUGAGGAGAUCGCAGGGUUCGACGUCCAGGAUCUGAAUAUGGCCGCAUUCCCCAGUUGUUCAGAAGCCAUGAUCCAGGUGGUGGUGCAUUUGGUGACCAUCCUAGUGUCGCUGCUUUGCUUGAGCUCCUAUUCGUGGGUGGCACCUCACAAACACUCCGCAGAUCUCCAUGGAUUUGUGGUGCAUUCGCAUUCGUUGGAACAUGCCCGUUUGCCAUUCAUCGCCUCGCACAUGCAAGUGGUUUAUUUGCUGAUUUGGUUCCCGAUAGUGCCCUACCGCCUGGUGAAUGGGCUCUUCCUCUCAGCUGACUACAGGCAUUUGGUAGGGAAAACUACGCAAUGUUUCUAUAGCAUUGAGGACUCAGAGAUGCCGCCGCAAGAAGUCAAAGAGCGUUUGGAGAUCAUCGAAUGGAAGGUCCGCGAUAUCCAACACGAGUGGUUUUUGAUCCAACCAGCCUGCCUCAUUUUGGAUUUGAUGGCUUUGGUCUCAGGGCUUUUGGCCAUCUUCCGCUUGGUGAUGCAUUGGGAGAUCUACGAUUUGGUGCCCCUUUUGGCCGCCAAUUGCAUCACUUUACUAGUCUUUGUGGUGGUCGAGCUGAAGCCCACCGUCGAUUGGAAUUCCUUUUUGGCUUCGUACCAAAAGGGUAAAACCAACGUGGACACCGUGCCGCGAAGAGCGAUUCGCGGUGCGACGCUGUGCAAAGUGGUUGUGGUGGUUGCGGUUUCAAACUGUCUCUUUUCUUCCUUUGUUUAUCUUUGUUUCUAUGAGCGAUGGCCUUGAGUUAGACUGACUAACCGCCAAAAUUUGACCCGAUUCUUCCUCUCAUGAAAAGUGAAGACCGAUGAUCCAAGGUGCUGUUUAUUUGGCUCAGUCAAGGCUUUUUGAAUGCGAAGAUGCUGGGCUUGACCUUGACUCCCGCCUACUUUACCGGUCUGGCCUUGUCAGCAGUGAUCUCUUUAACCACUGCUGCCUUCCAGAAAUGUUAUAAAGAAAUCGUUGUGGUAAUAAGUCAUUGAUAGGUCUCCUAGGAAUCUCCUAUAGGGUUGCUUUUAGAAAGUUAGAACUAAAACCUCGAGGUGUGUUAUGAGUUUUCGAGCGGGGCUGAAAGUCAGUAUUGCCUUCAGAAAUGGUUCCUUGUAAAGCUAAAACCAGGCCUUGAGGAAUCUGAUGAGUUCGUGGCAAAGUUCCGCAACUCACAUCAGCGGCAAAGCUCCCGCUGAGAGGUUAAUGUCAAUGAGUCCAUUGACUCAAUUGCUCAGUUUAGGAGUGCCAACAAACUGGCGAUGGCCUCCAACCCAAGAGCGAUGGCCUCCAAUCUACUAGCAAUUGCUCGGUUUAGGAAAAUGGGAAAGAGUCUUGCGCUUAGCCCCAUUUUUCAUGCUCCACGUUUGGCCCUGG